AACAACCCAGCAGUCCGCCAUUUUUAUUAUCGCGGUUCUAGCUAGCAGCAGCUUUGCAUCCAUCCAGAGCGUCGUUUUGUGCGGCUUCUUUUCGCGUUUUGGACCAAAAUAUACGAUUGACGCCGGUGGGUGACCGAAGGUGUUUCAAUUGGUGCUUCCGGCGAUUUUUGAUGCAAUAUUCUAUAUGAGAAAGGCAAAAAGGUGAUUGUUUGACGUUAGGAAAAAGUAUAUUUUUCGUCGGAAAAGUGCGUUCAACUAGCUGCUUGCGACGGUGUCGCAAUUCGUUUCCAUCUAAUCAGUUGCGCGGCUGGGUAGUCGGUAGUUCCGUGAUCAUUUGAUUUGACGUGUAUUGGGUAGUGAAUCCAGAUUGGAACAACAAGAAAUAACAGUCGCCCUGUGAUCCCUGACGGAACAAAUUCCUGGUGGCAUCAUAUCCAACUCGGGAUUACGGAAAGGGCAAACUAAAUCAGAAUGACAGAUGGUAAAGGAUAUGCCGUCAAUGAUCUCGUUUGGGCCAAAAUGAAGGGGUUCUCGCCCUGGCCAGGUCGUAUCUCACAACCACCCGCAGAGCUGCGACGCAUCGCCGUCAAGAAAAACAUUCCUGUGAGAUGCAUCUUCUUUUUUGGAUCCAACAACUAUGCAUGGAUCGAAGAAACACAGAUUAAGCCAUAUCAGGAGUUCAAGGAUAAAUUACUCUCGUCCUGCAAAUCUGCCGGUUUCAAGGAAGCAGUCCAGCAAAUCGAAGAGUACAUUUCUAAUCCGGAAAAGUUUCAGGCACUGUUCUCGUCCGAACAGGAAAACCGACCAGAUCCGGAUGUGGAGUUUAAUAAGCUGCGCGAAACACCGGACGAAAGUGCGUCCGAUGAAGCGGUAUCUGUCAAUAAUACGACGACGCCGGCAGGUUUGGAAAUGGGCGAUGAUGCAAUCCCAACUACACCGGUCACCGGGAAGAAGUCCGCUGCCAAAAAGAAAGUACGUGCAUCCUUACCGAUCAAACUGAACGCUGAUAAGAUGGUUGCUUCUACCACCAAGGCCCGGUCGAUAGGUAGUAAGGCAAAGGCAGUAGCAGCGGCGAUCGAUGUGGACAAUGUCAACAUCCCAUCUCCGAAGCGCAAGCGGAAGCUGCUGAACGAUUCAGCUGACGCCCCUUCACUGGAUUUGGAGACUUUUUCACCGGUUCGACGCAACGUACCUGUUUCGCACCUGCUUAACCGUCCGGUGACGGUAGCACGCCCGGCCACGCCAGAAAUCGACAUGUCCAGCGUGUCGAACGCUCUUCAGUCACGCAACAUUCAGGCUUCGUCACUGAAGUUUGGCUUUCUCGGGCUUGGAAUCAUGGGCUGUGGUAUCGUAAAGAACCUCCUCAACUCGGGCCAUUCAGUCGUUGUUUGGAACCGGACCGCUACCAAGUGCCGAAAGUUCCAGGAAGCAGGCGCCGAAGUUGCCGACACACCGUCGGAUGUAAUCGAGAUGACCGAUGUGACGUUUUCGUGCGUUUCAGACCCGCAGGUCGCGAAAGAUCUGGUAUUCGGCAAUUGUGGUGUGAUGUCAGCAAAUCUCGUCGGCAAGGGUUAUGUCGAGAUGACGGGAGUUGAUCCGGAAACUUCACAGGACAUUGCAGAGCAGAUUAUCUCCAAAGGUGGACGAUAUCUGGAAGCACAAAUUCAAGGAUCCAAGAACCAGGCCGAGGAGGGUACACUGAUAAUCUUAGCCGCCGGUGAGCGGCUGCUGUUCGAAGAAUGUCAAACCUGCUUCGAAGCAAUUUCGCGCAACUCAUUCUACCUAGGUGACGUCGGCAAUGCUACUAAGAUGAAUCUGGUGCUGCAGAUGAUUUCUGGUGUGACACUGGCAGGAAUCGCCGAAGGACUGGCGUUAGCCGAUCGAGCGGGUUUACAGCAAAAGGAUGUUCUAGAAGUACUGGAACUUACCAACAUGUCAUCGGAGAUGCUUCUGCAGAAGGGAAAUUCAAUUAUCAAAGGUGAAUUCCCGACGCACCAACCGCUGAAACAUAUGCAGAAGGACCUCAAGCUGGCGCUGGCCAUGGCGGACGGGCUCGAGCAAUCGCUUCCGAUUACGGCCGCUUCGAACGAAGUUUACAAGCAUGCGAAACGCCUUGGCUACGGAUCCCACGACGCCAGUGCUGUUUACGUUCGAGCAAGGUUUUAACAGCGACCGAUCGAGGGAGAAGCAGCGAUAGCCUGGCGACAAGAACAAGAAACCGAACUGGACUUUGAGUAAGAACGACCGGAAAGAGCGCGUCGGCUGGUGUUGUGUUGGAGCGGGAUAUUUCGGUAGUAGCUUUUUUUUGUUUUAUGUUAGUAGCAAAAAGAGCCUGUUUCUUGACAAGACAAGAAAUGGAGGCGGUUUUACCGAUUGACAUGAGACACACUACUAGAGUGAGCUGAAUGAUCGGUGUGCAUAUUAACUAUAUUUUUUCGGACAGAAAAAAAAAGCAAUUCCCCCACUUUACUCGUAGUUUUCUCGUAUGAAACCUAUGCGAUUACCCCAUCCUCCCACAAAUAUACAUGCAAGUACACUAACAUUUCAGAAGCUAAGCAAAGCACAUAUUUUAAUGUAGUAACUUUGAGCGGUAGGACCAGAUCAGGUAUGGAAUUCUGUUUCCUUAAAAAGAAAGGAAAAAAGUCGUCUUUUUUUUAAAAAAAAUGUUGCCUAUAUAUUUUACGCGAUAAGUUUUAUUAAUAAAUUCAGUCCGAUAAACAGAUACUUUCUACGUUGAUUUUGCUUCAUAUAUUUUGAGUUUUAUUGCAGAAAUGAAAGCAUACUUUCGAGUAGUUAUUAAGUAAUUAAUUUAGGCUAUAUUAGUAGUCCGGGAAGUCCAAAUGUUCAUUGAUCGAUAUGACACCGCUAAAGAAGCGUCGCAGAAGAAAAAAUGGUGUCAUUUCUUUUGUAACCGGUGUAACUUUACAGUGUAAGGGACUAAACUAAAACAGGCAUAAGUCAGACAAAGUUUCGUACGACUCUUGUUUGUUUCCUUUAAAUUCAAAUUUUCAACACAGAAAACAAAUGAAAAAUGCAACUGAAUAAUGGAUUUCUAUUUUUGUGGUAAAGUGACCGUAAUAAAAGUGUUUAAACCAA